AUGACUUCCCAAGACCCAUAUCAACUGGUUGCCAAAUGGAACGUUCCCGUGGGAACAGAAGUUCAUAAUGUCAUACUGGAGCACAACAUCUCCACUGGAAACAAGUUGUUGCGUGUUGAUGGGACGGUAAUUGUAAAACAGAACAGUAUCCUAACCCGAGUUGGAGAUCACGAGUUCCCAAUCUCCAAUUUGAAGGCCUUGCUCUCCAUCAAAUGUACCGACCGGGGGGACUGGGUGCACACUUUAUCAAUAAACGGAAUGACUUUCAAGGACUAUAAAAACGGGUACUAUCAGAACUUCACAACGUGGAAGCCCGAAAUUGCUGGACGCGAAUUUUUAAUUACUUUCGAAAAACACCGAUCCGAGGUGUAUGUCGACGGUACCAACAUUCGGACCACGAGAAGAUUCGUCGAGUGCGGCACGUCGACCAUCUUCCAUCUGCACAGAGCAUUCUGCGAAAUCAUCGAGCAAGGUGUUGGUGGUCGAACUGCCAUGACGCAGACACUGUCCGUCGACAACACUCCCGUCCCAGUUUUCAAGGACAAAGAAGACGGUGUCUUCAUCGUCAAACCGACUGGAGCUAGAUAA